UUUACAACAAAUUCAGAAACAUAUUCACAGAAAACACAACAAACAUUUCAACUUUGAGGGGAAUUUGAUUAGAUUGUGUGUAAGUUGAGGCAUUUUCAUUGGGAACACAAAGUGGAAAUUCCAAAUCACUUCUACCCCCCUCUUGGUACCCAUUAUAUUAUAGUUUCAAUCUUCAUCCCUCUUAGAACGGAUGACUCCUUAGCAAUUGAGAAGUCAGCAAUGUGCACGAGCUGUGUCCUUCUACAAACUUGUCUUCAUGCGUUGGGGGAUGUGAUGGUCCAUCUACAAAUUGAAUAGAUAUAAUUUGGUCCCUUUGGUCAUCUCUUACUUUUCCUCUAUAUAUACAUACAUAUAUAUAGUGGGUUAAAAUAUACAUAUGGGGAGACAAUUGGUGCUGAGAGACAGAAGUUGUGUGAAAUUGGAGCAGUUUUGUGGUGAAAUAGGACAUGGGUUAUAUCGGAUGUGUAACAGUGGACUGUAAUUGCUAAAAUCGAUCCUGUGCUCUGUGUAUAGCCCAGUAGACUAAGAGGAGGAUUGUCGUCUCUCUGGCGGGUUUUUGGCGUCAACGCACUUCUUAUUGCUCGACAAUUUACAUGUAAUUGGGAAUUCUAUCGACUUGCCACACCAGACUAACAAGUGCACCUGGGCAAAAACAGAAUACACACAAGAGAGGAACAUCAAACCCUGCAUCGAUAAAUUAUCUCACGACACGACACAGGGACAAAGUGAAUAAUCUCGAUGCAGUGUUUAAAGUGAACAAGUUUAAAGUGGGAACAAGAUAUCCACCACAAGGAGAUACGAAAUUGCCUUUUUGCUCUACCCUCCCCGAAAUUUGUGGCAAAUUAGACUUGUGUGUUGGUUGGGCUUUGAGACGUGGUUUGAGAUUGUCGACACGAAGAAGAUCUCUCGCUCUCACUACUCAAGGCAUUAAUAAAUAAAACCCUGUGGCACAGACACCGGGUGCACAGAGAAGGAGGAAAAAAAAGAAGAGGGACUCAAGACGCGAAUCUGAAAGGUUAAAGAGCAUACCAUGUAGAUGGGGUAUUGUAUUGCACUUCUUGCCGAGACUUGUGAAAUCAGCGCGCCGUAAAUUCAAUUAGGUGUAGAGACAUUUUAAGUGUUUUCUCUGCAAACGGAAAUAUAUACAGCAGAACAAGAACCCCAAGAUGCCCGUCACAAUGUCCCCACAGCACUUCUUCGGGUUCAUUAUUGCCAUCACGUGUAUCGUGUGCUACCACAAUAGUUUAAACUGUGGUUUUGUAUUUGAUGACAUUAGUGCUAUUAAGGAGAAUAAGGAUCUGCGUCCCCAUACACCAUGGAAGAACAUCUUCUUCAAUGACUUCUGGGGAACGCCAAUGCAAAAGGAGCAGAGCCAUAAAUCGUAUCGACCACUCUGUGUCUUGACUUUUCGAUGGAAUUAUUCAUUUCACGGCCUCGAACCGGCUGGGUAUCAUUUGGUGAACUUACUGCUGCACACCCUGGUCUCACUAAUGUAUUUCAGGAUGUGCACGAUGUUCCUGCCAGAAUUGAUGAGUUUCGCUGCUGCAAUGCUCUUUGCUGUACAUCCAGUUCACACCGAAGCUGUCACAGGUGUUGUUGGCAGAGCCGAAACUCUAUCAUCAGUCUUCUUUCUAGCUGCAUUUCUCAGCUAUGCGAAGGCGACAGAAUUGAAGAAAUCCACUGGUUGGAAGCACUUGUUCCUUUCCAGUAUCUUCGUUGGAACGGCAAUGCUGUGUAAGGAGCAGGGGAUCACUGUAACUGGUGUCUGCGCAAUUUAUGAAAUUUUUGUAGCACAAAAGAUACGCCUCAGUGAUUUACAGCAACUGUGCCGAGCAAUUUUGGGUGGAAAAAGUGUUUCCCUGCCAUCUGGAUCGUGGCCCAAUGAGGCAUCCAAGCGUCUGGCUGUGCUGUGCCUAAGCACAAUUGGUCUUCUAUUUGUCCGUCUACAAAUAAUGGGAUCUCAAUUGCCCGUUUUUACCAGUUCUUUUGUAUUUUCCCUCCAAAAACAGUUGGGCGUUGUAUUCCUGGAACAGGGAAAAGCGUCACAGGCUCUGGCGUAUUUAGAUAAAGCCCUCGAAUUCGAUCCGGAGCACGAGCAAGCACUACUUAAUUCAGCCAUUCUACUGCAGGAGUUGGGACGUGUCGAACUACGGAAGAUUGCACGUGAACGACUCUUGAAACUUUUAGCAAUUGAUGAUAAAAAUGAUCGUGUCUUCUUCAAUUUGGGCAUGUUGGCAAUGGACGAUAGGAAUAUUGAGGAGGCGGAAAAUUGGUUUAGACGAGCUGUUCAUCUCAAGCAUGACUUUCGGAGUGCUCUGUUCAAUUUAGCCCUCCUCCUGGCAGAUGAUCACCGGCCCCUUGAGGCAGCACCCUUCCUCAAUCAACUCGUUAAAUACCAUCCAGACCAUAUCAAAGGAUUAAUCCUCCUCGGUGAUAUCUACAUCAACAACAUCAAGGAUCUGGACGCUGCAGAAAAUUGCUACAAGCAAAUUCUGCAACUUGAUCCCGUGAACAUCCAGGGUCUUCACAAUCUCUGUGUUGUUUAUGUUGAACGAGGGAAAUUGCUUCAAGCCCAAGCAUGCUUAAAGCACGCGCAUCGACUAGCUCCAACUGAGGAUUACAUCCUGCGCCACCUUCAGAUCAUUCAAUCACGCGUGAUGCGUCUCAAGCAGACACCAGGCGCCGACAAGGAGCGUGAGCUGGCUUUUAGUGGCUUUGAUCCCCGAGAAUUCGGUGGUGAUGUGAAGGUGGUAGACGAUGAAGAGUUACCGAGUGAUGUGACCAACAAUGUACUUGGCAUGGAGGCAACAAUGGGCCAGAGUCUGGGCGGUAUUGGGCGGAACAAGGUGGUUCUCAUCGACAAGGAUCUCAUAAGUGAGUCAAAGACAAAAGCCAAACCCCUUGUUAGUAAUACCAAGUAUAAAACUGUCAACAGCAAGGGUUGAUUGCACUCUUGGCACCUCCUUCACAUCACUCCAAGUGACUGUGGCCGGAGGGGAGCUUUCAAUCAGAGCUGUGGAUUUUUUUCUAACUUCUAAGUCGAAGAGAUUUUAGUAGCAAAAAAAAAAGCAACACGAAGAUGUAUUUUUGUUGCGCUAAAACUCAAAAGUCGAUGAAAUGGUGAUUUUUUUGCAUUUGAUAUAUAAAUAAGAAUUUGUACAAGAUGUCGCGAGAUAUUUUAAUAUUUAAAAAAAAGUAUAUAGGGCUUUUAUCAAAUGGACAUAGAUAAAGAAGAAAAUUCAGUGAAGGCAAAUGAAGUUUUCAAGGAAAGUUUUUCCCCCUACAAACCAUUAUAUGACCACUUAAUAACAUGAGUAUCAAUUUCAACGUAUUUUUCCAUAAAAUGUGUGAUUGGGAGUUGUAGAAGGGAUGGGACAAGCUAUACCAUUGACACAUGCAUUACAUUUUCUUAAGUAGAAAGUUUCCAAAUGAGAAAUUUAUCCUAAUUUAGACACAAUUUCUUCAAACUUUUAAUUAUCCUUUGAAAGUUACUAUUUUUUUUAAUUUGUACCAAAAUUUACUUUUUAUUGCGUAAAUUAAUCUAUUUAUUACGCCUUAUCGUCUUGAAUUUUCCUUAAAACGUUCAAUUAAAGUCAAGAAAUGCAAUUCCCAUCCCUGGAUAGAAAGAAAAUGUCGUAUAGAAAGUAAACACCGAAGCAGGACAAUGACAAUCCGCUCUAUAUUAGUUGGUGUUCCACUUCGUGGCCAACACCAAGUAUUGUAAUCGUCGGAUUUUCCGACCACCUCAGAUCGGGCUCAAACUUGGUAUGAGCACGUUUCAGACAACCUACAUUCCAAAACUGGUGGUGGAAAAUUUUUGAUCCGGCCGGCCGGCCGGCCUGCCGGUGGUCCAUACUUUGUCUUAUAACUCGAGAAUGGUAGAAGAUAGAGACUUCCGGUUUGAAGUUUUCUAUAGAAAUGUGGGUGUAAAAUUUCAUUUUUUCGCAUUUUCAAAAUCCAAGAUGGCCGCCGUCCGCCAUUUUGAACUACCAUCAACCACUUCCCUUACAGCUAGAGGUCUGAAAUUUUAGUAUGUUGUAGAGCUCAGUGAGACAUUUUUAUCGAUAAUUCAUACUUGAAAAUCGGUCAAGCGGUUUAGCAAAUAUGGCGGCCUAAAGUAAAAAGUGUUUUUUCGAUAUAACUCGAGAACGGAUUGACCGAUUUUGACCAUCUUGGUAUCAAAUGAAAGGUUUCAAGAAGCCCUACAACUGUCUAGAACAUUUCAAGUUCCAAAAACAUCCGCAAGAGGCGCUAAAAUCAAAAACAAAAAUUGCCUAACUUUAAGGGGCAAUAUCUCCGAAUCCCCAUUAGGCAAAUCUUUUAAAUUUUGAUAUGUUGUAGCAAGACUAAUAAUCUUGUACCAGUCCAAAAAUGAAGAAAAUCUAUGUCGCCGUUUAGAAGAUAUAGCCAUUUGAAAAAUUCUUGAAUUUGAAAAGUUCUAAUAGCCAUAUCUCUUGAACGGCUUGUCCGAUUUUUCUGAACUUGGUAUCAAAUUAAAGGUUUUGCAAUUCCCUACAACUUUCUAGAACAUUAGAACCCUGUAAAACCAUUCUUUUAGGGCAAAAAAUGCCAAAAACUGUUUCAGUAAAACAAAUAGCCGCCAUUUUGUGUUCUAGAGGUCACCUUGAAAUGUAUCGAAAUAUAUGUCAGAUUAUAGUUUAUUUCAAGACCUUUCCAAAACUGGUCAAUAAAUUUCUGUAGGUCUUAUAGAACCAGAGAUAUGACCAUUUUUAUCCAUCAAAUUGCUGAAUUUCACAAAAAAAAUCAACUUUGCCUGCUAAUUCUGCUCACAAAUCGCACUACAACGCAUAAACAAACUUCUACACGUUGUGGGACACCAACUCUUAUAACUGGACGCGUUAUGAUUGACUUUAGCACAGGUAUGAAAUAAAUAAACGAUGGACGCUAAUAAACAUCAAUUUUCUACACUAUUUUCAUCCCCACCCACACCUCACGCAAAUGUGAAAUUAUCAAAUUACCAGUAAUUGAAAGUUGGAAAAAAAACUUUCAUUUUGAUAUGAUAAAAAUGAAUUUAUAUUCCCUUGAAAUGUGCAUGUUGGGUAAUUUAUUUCCAUUAACACUACGUUUUUUUUUUGUGCAAAAAAUACUCCUCAAAUGCAACUGUUUGUGAGACAAUUAUAUCAAUUUCACUGAUAUAAUAUAAUUAUUUUUUUGCUAUUCAAAUGACCAGCAAAAAACAAUUAAAAAUAAAUAAAAAGUUAAAAAUUGAAAAUAUUCCCUAUGAGCGGGAGUAGCUUACACAAAGCCAUCAAAAAAUAUUACGGCAAUAUCAAUUCCAUGAAGGGAGAGCUAUCUUUUUUUAAAGCUACAGUUUCAUAUGGCAAAAGAAAAGCCAUCGAUAUGAAUAAAAUUUUGAGUAUAUCGACCUUUUAUGGUUCACUUUUUACGGGAAAUCGAUAUCAUUAGAGGGAGGAGGCUUAAAUUACCACGAGGAAAAUCCACACACACACAUUUCCCCCAGCGCCACAUUAAUCCUCCUUGUGAAACUCAAUGGUGAAAAGUGGAUUAUAUUUUUUACACCAGAUACAAAUUUAAAUUUUUUAGCUGGAGUUUGAAGGCUUCAUUGAUUGUAUCGGAUUAUGCUCCGUAUAUAAUGAUGAAAAAUGUAAAAAAAAAAAUCUAAAAAACAACUGAAAAGACACCGACGAAUUCAAAACAGAGAAAAUUGUGAAAACUCGUGAUCCCAUUCGGUGGGAAAAUUUACACAUUAACUUCAAUACAGUUGCACAAAAAGGUGCGAAAAGAAAAAAAAAGGCAGAGAUAAAAAGAAGAUAUUAAGACUGUUUUCUCAAGCGAGAAAAGAAAAAAAUAAACUAAAAUAUAUUUUAAUAGUGAAAAAAAUGUAGGUAUUAAGGUGUAGGAAAUUAAUGUAGAAUGAAUUUUGAGCAUAAAACUGUAAUAUCUGUAUAGCUACAUGUUAAAUAUUCAUACAGAUAUUUUUUAAUGAGAAAAAAAUCCCUUAAUAGAAGUUAGAUUAGAUAAAAUAUUCAAUGUUCAUUUGUCAUGUUGUAAGUUAUGUGUAGAAAAACCCAAAUGACCUGAUGAAAAAAAAAUUCUUUGACAAUGGACAUAGUAUUUGGACACAAAAUUACUUUUUCCACACCACUGAGAGAAGUGAUAAUGUGCUGUUGAUGUAAAUGAUAAAAUCUCGAUUAUUUAUUUAUUAAUUUCUAUUUAAACUAAUACCCUGACUAAUACCUAAUCUUUAGUUCCUUGUAAGUGCAAAUAUUUCUUUUUUCUAUCUUUUAGCUGUGUUUUGUGAUGCCUUUUCUUGCUGCAAUUACUAUAUACAUUAUAUCUAUUUUUUAUUUGGCUGUGCAUAAACAUAAUUUUUUCCCUUUAAAAUUAAUAUUAUUUUUUAAUAUUUAUGAGGUCAUUUUACUAAAUACUAAAAAACUAAUUUAUAUCUUCUAUUUAUUCUGUGGAGUAAAUUGAAAAUUAAGAAUUUUUAAUUACAGUUCAAUUUCAUCAAACAAACCAAUUUUUUUUAAAUAUUUCGUUUAAUACUCUUUUUUUAACAUUAAAUGAAAUAUCAAUUUCCCAGAAAUAUUUUAUUAUUUUUUUUUUUACCAUGACAUCAGUAUCUCAGCAUAUACACCUAACUCUCUUGUAUAUAAAAAAAACUUUAUGUUUUUUAUCAAGCUGUUUUAAAGGAAAAAUUUCCAUGAAUUUCUGCAACAGCGGCAUAUGUGAGCCAUAUAAUUUUGAGAGUUUUUUUUGUGUGCUCCAAUAUAGUUUUUGAGAGUUUUUAGGUAUAAAGCAGAGACAAUAUUGAGUGGGGAAUGCUUUUAAAUACUCAAUUAUUCAUAAAGCUUGCAGAGAAAGCUCAUCCCGAAUUCUUCAUGAGCUUUUGCCCACCUCCAUUCUAUAAUCCAUUUUCUAAAUUGUUUGAGAGAGUGUGUGUUCUACUUUUUUUUGCAAAAAUAAAUUAUAUACCUACUGCACACCCGGUUCAAUCGAAUCAAUUUGCAUAAACACCUAGGCUUCAGGGAGGAUGGGAUGCAUUUUUACCAGCCAGUUGCUGUAUACAUACCUAUACGUAUAUAUUAGAUUGGUAAAUUGCUCCGGGGGAAAUUGAUGAAAAAAAAGCAGAAUGAGUGUAGGAGGAAAGUGUAGCCAUUGGACCAUGAUAAACGUCGAGUAAAUAUUUAUAAGCUUUGAAAAAUCAUUAUUUCUCACUAUAGCACCCUCGGGGUGUCUGCAACAUCACAUCAAGCACCUCCCGUAUAGAAAGCUCACAUGGUGGGAGAAUUUGUGCCAACCACCCAAUUUAUAUCAUUAAUUUCGAAAGUUUUUGAUAAAAUAUACAUCAACGUGGUGCUCUGGCUCAUACCUCUCUAUUUUGUGAUGUGAAAAAAUUCUACAGAGUGGUUGAGAUUUUUACAGAAAACAGUGGGGAGUCUGAUGUGUACCUACCUAUUUUAUCGAUGAGAUAUAUAUUUUUUGUUUUACUCAUAUCUGCGUCAACAUCUAUUCUAAUCUUUGCAUAGAAAACGAAUAAUUUAAUUAACUGAUUAAAUUUUUCUAAAAGCUUUUAGAGCUUUAUUCUUUAAAAAAAAGUUAUUUUUUCAAUCAGUACUGAUCAUGAUGAUUCUGUUUUAGUACUGCGAUGCUGAUCCAUGUCAGGUUUACAUCUUCCAACAAUACGUUGAGAUCCUCUAAAAAUCAUUACAAAGUAAAAAAAAAUUCAAAUGGCUCACCCUGUAACCUUCAGAUAAUUGUGCUUAUGAUUGUUUCUCAGGUUUGCCUCUUUUUCACUUUUUCCCCCACUAAAUAUCCGCCGAUGGCAAAAGAAUUUUCGCCAUAAUUUCUCCCUACACGUUGUGCCAGAAGAACGAAAAAGUCCUCCUUUACCACGGCCACCCGGGAGAGAAAAAGCUUUUCCUUCAUUCUCUCGGUCAUUGUGCACAAUGGGGUGGAGUAGGCGCAAUAAUUAACAGAUUUCUCGUCCCUCCCGUAAACUCAACACUAUAUAUUUAAUGUAGUGGCGGGAAAAAUUGUGGCUGAAGCUCCAUGUGAUUAAUUAAAGUAUUAACACAACUAUAUUAAUGCCUAUUUCAUCAGCAGCACACAGUAUGGUGAGCUGAUGUGGUGCAAAAAAAAAAAAAGAGUGUGGAAAACUUUUGAGACUUGGCGGAGCUUUAAGCCGCCAGCUAUAGAGGAUUGUAAAGUUCUCCUCUCCUUCUACUUUACCCGCAUUGUAUGGUUUUUAUUUAUUGCAUGAAUUAUGGCAUCAGGUGUUGGCUACUGGCUCAAUUUUUUCUCAUCUCUCUUACCAUAUACCCAACUUCCAUGGUGCUGUAGCACAUUUCCUCAGGGGCCCGUCCCACUUUUCACCCAUAAUCGGAAAUUUCAACUCGCGCGGAUAAUUGAUUUCCGUACCAUAUUGAUAUUCAUCUACCAUCAGUGAAACAAUUAAGGAGAAUUAUGGGUGUGUAGCGGUGAGAGACGACGUAUUGAUUGGUGCGGUGUGGGUGAAAGUAAAAGCUAAUGUAGUUUUUGGGGGAAAGAGAAAACUGACUAUACAACUCAAAUAUUUCCCGCCAAUUAAUAAACACCACCACCAGCGGAAAAAUUACUUUGGACGCCAAAACCUUAUCCCUCCAAAAAUUACAACAAUCAAUAUCAAGUUAUAAUUAGAGUUCGUCUUGUUGAAUUUCAUGGAAGGGGAACUUGUUCACUUAAUUAAACGAAAUUAUCCAAAAGUAUGUAGUACAUAGAACUGGGCCACCUUUACCCAUUUCAAAGAAAAACUUAAUUUUCUGAUGCAUAGAAAAGUUUACCAAUGAGUUUUUAAAAUUUAAAUAAUAUAUCUCUAGAAAAUCCAUAUUUGAGCCAUUCUUUUCUAUUUAAUUAAAUAGAUCCAUGCAACACUUGUCACCCUCAAAAAAACGUGCAGAUUUUUCUUUUCAUCGCAAUGCCUUUUUAUCGUAAAUUCCUCCGAAAGCUCUCUCAGACAUAUUUCACACUAAAUUGUCCACCAUCCAUUAAUGCAUUCCAUUCAGUGCUUUCAAAUAAAUAAAGCAUCCCAAAGUGUUAAUAAAUUCUGUUUUUUUUUUUUUUUUUCAAAAGAUUCUCUCACGUUCGAAGUUCAUUUCCCUGUGAACAGCAUAUUUUCCCAACUAUGAGCAGCUGAAGUUUGCAAAAAUGUCUCAACAAUUUUGCACAGGAUGUCACUUUUAAUGUCACCACUGCGCUAUUUACCCAUAUAAUUUAUAUUCUACCCUCCAAAACUGUAUGUUUUCAUCGCGUUCCACUCGUAGUGGAGUAAAUUUUCCCUCUUGCACGUCUAUAUGCAGCGAAAAAAAAAUACAGUGGAGUGUCUAAGCAUUUGUCAGCAAUUCUUUAUAUCCUUCCAAAAGUUCACUGCAGUGAUGCGAAUUGCGCCAAAACCACCUCAUGCAAUGCAAUUUUGCGGAGGCUGUCGUUUGUACCCUUAUCUGUAUUUACGCAUUUAUGUAUACCAAGAACCUUCAGCUGUCUAUCAGCACCAUUUCUAUUUUGCAAUGAAAAUUGUCAUGACAUGGCAACCCACUUAAUCCAGACAUUUCUCUAUUGUACUUGAGUGCUUCUCACAAGUAUUGGAAUGGAACUAAGACAGGUGUGAAAUGGGACUAUUUUGUGACUUAAAACAUGAUUUUCCAUAUAUAGAGCACUAACUUGUACAUAUAAGAAGAUGCUCUUCGGGGAAUAAAAUCUUUCCUAUCAAAGGUUUAGGAUGUGCGAGGAGGGAGAGCAUGAAAGGAACGUUAGGACUCUCACAGGGUAGUGAGAUAAUUCAGACGUGAAACAAGUACUUAUUCUCCACUUAGAAAAUCAUUAUCGUGUUGCUCUCAUCCCCCAUUUCCAAGGCCACAAAAUGCGCUGAAACUCAACUUUCAUGAAUGGCUUUAAAGGAGAGUGACUUUGAAGACUUUGAAGCAUAUACUCAUCUGCUCAAAAUAGUAAAUCCUGUAUACUACAGAGAAGUGGCUAAAAUAGUAAAUCAUUAUUUUUUAUUCUUAAAUAAACUUUCAGUUAAUACGAUAAAAUAUAUUCAAAUUUUUUAUUUCGAAAGUUUGUCUGAUGUGUACUAAUUGCAACUAGACGCUAGAUGCGCUAGACAUGAGGAUUUAAAAAAAUGAUUAAAGUUUUUUUUAAAAAUGAAAAGAAGUUCAGAAAAAUCACCAAAAAUCAAAUAUUUUCCGCUCAGUUUUCAAUGAAAUAUCUAAAUUCAAAUUAUUUAAAAUUUUGCACAAUUGUUAUCCCCUUUGGUUGAAGCAUCUCGACGACGUAUCAUUUUGUGUGGUUGGACCACAAAUUACAGCAUGAAUCUGUAGGUAUGUUGGUUGAAGGAGACAAUUAAAUCACACAAUCGCUAUAUACAACAGGGUGUAAUUCGCGUACUUAUACACAUCGCCCUCUCAUUGGCAAUAAAUGAGACAACACACUCUCUCUCUCAUUCGCUAAAUGGAAAAUAAUUAAAAUCCUCCACGAGCACAGAAUUUACAAUGCUUGCUCUAAAGUGCUUUUUGGUAUUUAAAUGAUACUUACUCAUAAUACAUCGUCUAACAAUGAAUACAUUUUAAUCACGAAAUAAACUUCAAUCUGCUAUUUCCUCUAAUUAGAUACCUUUUAUAAUACAAUCAUAUUACAUCCCCAUACCAAAAUAAAUUUCCAAUUCUUAAUACCCACAAUUUUCUCCUUCCCUUUUUCCUCCUCUAUUUCUAAUCGCCUUCAUGUUCCAAGUAAAUGUUAUAUAAUAUCUGUGAGUUUUAUAGACUUUUAAAAAAUCCUUAAAAGCGCACUCAAAAAUUAUUUGAAUGCAUCUACCUGCAAAAAAAUGUAUUAAUGAAAAGAUCUAUGUCUAAAAAUUUGUAAAUUUCCAUUUUGAAUAUUAAAAAUAUAAUUUUUUUACAUGAAUUCAGUGUAUAAAUCAAUUAUACUUGAGCGUCUACCAUAUUUUGGCCAAAUUGACGUUGCGAUAAACAAUUUUUAUACAUGAUUAAAAAAGAAGAAAAGAUAAAAAUAUUCAAUUAAAUUUCUAAACUAAAAGAAAAGAAUAAAAUAAAACUGAAAUUAAACUAAAUGGUUAAUAAACUUUAAAGAAAACUGAUUAAAUUAGCAAAAAAAAUUAAAAAAAGAAAUUAAUAUAAGAUUAUAAAUAUUCGUGUGUUGAUGAUGAAAAAUUAAGGUCUAUAUAUUAAUUUUAUUUAUACUAUGAAAAAAAUAAAAAAAAACUCAAAAAAAAUUGUUAGUAACUGUUGUACUAAGUCUUAUGAUCGCUAAAUGUUUUAAAGUUUUCUAUGAAGAAAAAGUAGAAAAUCUUUACGGAAUAAAAUGCUUAAAAAAGAUCGAAACAAAAUCUCAUAAAAGAAUCGCAUAAACUCCACUCCCACAAUCCAUUUGUACUCAUCAUGUCAGAAGAAAAAAAAACCCUUAAAUGUUAAAGUGUAUCAUAAAUAAGUUUGAAUAGCAUACAUAUACAUAUGCUACAGAUAUUGCAUCUCAAAUCACACAAAAAAAUCACGCAUUUACAUUAUACAUUAUACAUUAUAGCUGAUCUGAAAAUGAAAGAAAAAAGAAGUGAAAGCGAAAGAAAUCAAUUAGUUUAAAAAACCCAAUUCUAUAUAGAAAAAAAAGAAGAAAAAAUAUAUUGUGAUUAACAAUUAGGCAAGAAUAAUUCGAGAAAUUUUCGUGGUAGUUACGAAUGAAAAAAAAAAAUGAUUGCGUUUAGAUGCUUUGGAGCCUUCCGUGGACACCAUUUCUAAAUCCAAAUGUUAGAUGUGAAAAAAAACGUAGAUUUUUCCCCUCAUGGUGUCCAGAAAAAAUCCAAAAUAUCUUCACAUCACGGUGAAACCAAGAGAAAAGAAAAUUUAAGGUGUACAUAUUUAUGUGCCUUGUACAAAGUAAAUAGAGAUGAGAAAAGUAAAAUUAAAUGAUAGUAAAUGUGCAUAUUAGAUGGCACACCGUAUGAGUUUAUAUGAUGGAGAGAUAAGAAAACAAAAAUAAAAUAUUUUAUAACGAUUAUGAAACAUAUUUUUCUAUGUUCAAAUUAUAAAAUGAGAAAAAAAUGAUAAAUUGAUGAAGAUCGACAAAAAUAUUAUAUAUACUCUGAUGAUGAAAUAAAAUACAUAGAAAAAAUGAAAAA